UUUUGGGUACUCAUUUUCUAACGUCCACGAGGUCAUGAAUUUUAAUGGGGAGGCUGAGAACAUCUUCUGAAAUGAAUAUACAGUGCUUUAACAUUGGACACUAAUCUAUACAUCGACCGUCGUGACACCCACAAGUCGACCGUAUUUCGUCCCAACAAAAUUGUAUAUGUAACAAAUCACUAUUGAUUUAAUGCCCCAAGUGCAAACAUAACCAAAGUAUUUUGACAAAAAAAUAAAAAGCCAAAGUAUUUUGACUAUUGACUUGAACUCACUAGUUUCACAUUCAGAGGAAGUAGACUUCAAACUUGACAGAAAACAAACUCCAACCCCUAAAAGCAUUGAAAUGAUACUAAAAUUCAACAGUUUUUGGGUGGUUCAACCCACCCGGCCACCCCCCAUUCACUUCUAUAUUUACAAAACAAAGAAUCCCAAGUUUGGACAUCAAAUCUAUCCUAUCCUCCCCAACCUCUCCAAUCCCAACUCUCUCUCUCUCUCUUUCUCUCUCCUCUUCUAACAUUCGCACGUGCCAAAUAAGCAGCCGAAACAAUCAACCCUCACCAAUUAUUUGACACUUUGCAGCGCUCCCCGUUAAAGGAAUUGUCAACCCCCAACCAACCAAUAGAACCAACUUACACACCUUCCACAAGGGCAAGCCAUAUAUAUAUAUAUAUAUAUAAACACCCACAAAAAAAAAACUACAACUACUCCUACAAAACUACUCUGCUUCAGCUUACCAAAAUGGACUGGACUAGAUGCCACGCCAUCGGCCACGGCUCCACGGCCACCGUCUCCCUCGCCACCUCCAACAAUUCUGACGAAGUAUUCGCGGUCAAGUCAGUAGAGCUAUCCAAAUCCGAAUUCUUACAAAGAGAGCAGAGAAUUCUGUCUUCCAUAUGCUCUCCUUACAUAAUUGGCUAUAAAGGGUGUGACAUUACUGCAGAGCAAAACAGAAUUAUGUAUAAUCUGUUCAUGGAUUACGCUCCCGCCGGCACAAUUACCGAUCAAAUUAAAGCCCACGGAGGCCGCCUCGACGAAUCCACGAUUGCAGACUACGCGAGGCAGAUGUUACUCGGACUGGAUUACCUUCAUUUGAACGAAUUGGUGCAUUGUGACAUAAAGGGUAGGAACAUUUUGGUGACGCAGAGUGGUGUCAAGAUUGCGGAUUUCGGGUGUGCUAAGCGGGCUAACAACGCAGAGCCUGAUUCUGGUCGAAUUAGUGGCACGCCAGCGUUUAUGGCGCCGGAGGUGGCUCGAGGGGAGGAACAGGGGUUUCCCAGCGAUAUAUGGGCACUUGGGUGCACGAUUAUAGAAAUGGCGACAGGAGGUUCACCGUGGUCCAAUGUCGACGACCCGGUAUCCGUAAUUUACCGAAUCGGGUAUUCGGAUGAAUUGCCGGAGUCUCCCUGUUUUCUAUCUGAACAAGCAAGGGAUUUCUUGGACAAGUGUUUGAGAAGAGAUCCGAAAGAGAGAUGGACGGCUAUUGAUCUUCUUAAGCAUCCAUUUAUUGCCGAAUCGAAGCAAAUUCAAAGAUGUAAUUCAAAUUCAAAUUCGCCGACGAGUGUUCUUGACCAAAGCUUCUGGAAUUCAAAGGAACCAGAAUCAGAGAGUUUGGAAAAUCUGGACCGUACAAGCUCAGAACAAGACUGUGCAUAUGAAAGAAUCAGACGGCUAUCUCAGAUUUCAUCUGUGGGACCCAUAUGGGGUUGUGAUGAUGGGAGUUGGAUGACUAUUAGAGGGAAUGAUAGUGAAGAUGCCAUUGGAGCCAAGUGUGGCAUGAUUGGUGAUUUUGAAUUAGAAGAGCAGGAAAGCAAUGUGGGGGGUUAUGAGGAUUUGUUGGGUUUCUUCGAUUACAAUGAUUGUGAUUGUAGGAGAAGCAAGCAUGUUUUGGGGUUGCACAAAUGUGGUAGAGAUAGUGUUGUAAUUAGUAAUCUCAACGUAAAGAGAGCCACAGAGAUACAUUGUUGAUUCAUUCAAUGACAACAUAGUUGGAUUCGUAAAUCCGAAAGAUCAAAUUUUGUUCGAAAUUAUCUUUUCUUUUUGCCUUCUUGUUGAAGAAUUGAGACAUCACUCUCAAAUUUCACUCAAAACUCUCCCUUCUAG